GGCAAUCGAGCUUCGCGACGCGUUGCAACCCUUGCUUUUUUUCGCUUGCUCUUGCAGGUUAAUUGAAAAUAUUUAAUUGCGAAUAACCCGCUUGCCGAGCCCAGGACGAACUAAGAACGUGGCAAACAUGGCUGGCGGCAACACCCCGCGUGUGAUCCAGGUGACCAACAUAGCGCCGCAGGCCACCAAGGACCAGAUGCAGACGCUGUUUGGGAACAUUGGCAAAAUCGAGGAGAUCCGCCUGUACCCAACAAUUCGGGACGUCUCCUGUCCAGUGCAGUCGCGCAUCUGCUACGUGAAAUAUACGGAGACGACCAGUGUGCCGGUGGCCCAGCACCUGACCAACACGGUGUUCAUUGAUCGAGCCCUGAUUGUAAUCCCCGUGCUGGCCAUUCCCGAGGAGUACCGGGCCCUGGAAAUGCUUAAGAACGGCACCAUUGUGCCGGGACUCCAAAAGCCGGACUCUAAACUGCCGCCAGAGGUAAUUAAUCGCAUAGAGGGUCAGUUGCCGCAGCAGGUGAUCAAGACGUACGACCCCAAGCUGGUCGAGUUCAAUCUGCCGGAGUACCCUGCCUUGCCCUCCUUCUACGACGCCCGAAAGAUCGAGGAGAUCCGACGCACCAUCAUCGUGUGCGAUGUGAAGAACGAGUGGCGAUUGGACGAUCUGAUGGACUGCUUCCAGCGCGCCGGCGAGGUGAAGUAUGCACGCUGGGCCGAGAAGGACAACAAGACGUACUGCAUGAUUGAGUUCUGCGAACAGACUAGCAUUAUCCACGCCCUGCGCAUGCAGGGUCAGGAGUUUAAGGGCGGACACUUAAGCGUUUACCACUCUACCUACUCGAUUACCAAACCGGAGGCCAAGUCCAACGAGGCGGCGCAGGCGGAGAUCGAGGAAGCCAUGACGAUUGUGAAGGAGGCACAAAGUAUGAUCUCGGCCGCCAUUGACCCCGUGAUUGGAAUGCUCGCUAAGGACAAGCGGCGCCGGUCGAGAUCACGUUCCCGAUCCCGAGAACGUCGGACCAGUCGCUCGCGCUCGCACCGCUCCACAUCAAGGCGGCGCUCUAGACGCUCUGGCUCCAGGGAGCGACGCAGUGUUUCCCGUUCCCGUCGUUCACGUUCACGUGGCAAGCAUUCAUCCCGGUCGCGCAGCAAGCGCUCUAGGUCGAGGCACCGUCGCAGCAGCUCGCGUUCCAGGAGAUCACGCUCCCGUGGCGGCAAGCACUCUCGUUCUUCAAGGUCGCGGGGCAAGCGCUCGAGGUCCCGUCAUCGCCGCAGCACUUCACGCUCUCGUAGCUCACGAUCCCAUGGCACCGGAGGAGGGGGCAGUGGAAAUGGCAAACGGUCCCGAUCCCGCGAACGCAGUAAGAAGUCUCAUCGCAGCGAGAAGCGAUCCUCGCGUUCACCUCGGUCUAGGAGCAAGCGCAGCUCACCCUCUCCGCCGCCGGCGACCAGUAGCAGCAAGUCCCGUUCCAGUCGCAGCAAGGACCCAGCAGUUGUGUCCUCCAAGUCAUCGAGGCGGCGCGAACGCUCACGCACUCCCGAAACACGCAAACUUAAAUCCAUCUCCGAAGACAUUGAGGUGAAGAGCUCGCGCUCCAGCGCCGAUUCAAAGUCACGUAAAUCGGUGAGCGUCGAAAAGUCGGACAACAUGGACAUCUCCAACUCGCCCUAGAUACUUAGAGAUUGAACACUACAUUAUAAUAAAUACAGAACUUAAGUAAUCCCGUCUGCAGUAUAACCGGAAACCCAUUAUCCUCAAUGAGAUUUGUAUUCCACUCACACUCUGUCCUAGUUCCCAAGCAUAAAGUCUAAUUAAAAGUGCA